AUGAGCACAGAACCAGACCACACCCAAGAUAAGAAGAGGGUGCACCUCCAGGACGCUUCGGGCGCCGAAAAGAAAGAUGAGCUUGACACUUCGACAGCUAUCCUCAAGAAGAAGAAGAAGCCCAACUCUCUGAUCGUGACCGAUGCCACCAACGAUGACAACUCCAUUAUCACCCUCUCCAACAACACGAUGGAAACCCUGCAGCUUUUCAGAGGUGACACAGUUCUGGUCAAGGGCAAGAAGCGGAAGGACACCGUUCUGAUCGUGCUUGCGGAUGAUGAUCUGGAGGAUGGAAAUGCCCGCAUCAACCGUGUUGUGAGACAUAACCUCCGUGUCAAGCACGGCGAUGUCAUCACCGUCCACCCUUGCCCCGACAUCAAAUAUGCCAAGCGUAUUGCCGUCCUUCCCAUCGCAGACACCAUCGAGGGUUUGACUGGGUCUAUUUUCGAUGUUUUCCUUGCCCCAUACUUCCGUGAGGCCUACCGGCCAGUGAGACAGGGUGACCUGUUUACUGUACGAGGUGGUAUGAGGCAAGUGGAGUUCAAGGUUGUUGAGGUCGACCCCCCAGAGUACGGCAUUGUUGCACAAGAUACCAUCAUCCACUGCGAGGGUGAGCCGAUCCAGCGCGAGGAUGAGGAGGGUAACCUCAACGAGGUUGGCUACGACGACAUUGGUGGUUGCCGCAAGCAGAUGGCUCAGAUCCGUGAGUUGGUCGAGCUGCCUCUGCGCCACCCCCAGCUCUUCAAGUCCAUCGGUAUCAAGCCCCCUCGUGGUAUUCUCAUGUACGGUCCCCCGGGUACCGGUAAGACUCUGAUGGCUCGUGCCGUGGCCAACGAGACCGGCGCUUUCUUCUUCUUGAUCAACGGUCCCGAGAUCAUGUCCAAGAUGGCCGGUGAGUCCGAGUCGAACCUGCGCAAGGCUUUCGAAGAGGCCGAGAAGAACUCUCCCGCCAUCAUUUUCAUCGACGAGAUCGACUCCAUUGCUCCCAAGCGUGAGAAGACCAACGGUGAGGUCGAGCGUCGUGUCGUCUCUCAGCUCCUGACUUUGAUGGACGGCAUGAAGGCCCGUUCUAACGUGGUCGUCAUGGCUGCCACUAACCGCCCCAACUCCAUCGACCCUGCUCUUCGUCGUUUCGGCCGUUUCGACCGUGAAGUCGACAUUGGUAUCCCCGACCCCACUGGCCGUCUGGAGGUCAUGCAGAUCCACACCAAGAACAUGAAGCUGGGCGAGGACGUGGACCUGGAAACCAUUGCUGCUGAGACCCACGGUUACGUUGGUUCUGAUCUUGCUUCGCUGUGCUCCGAGGCUGCUAUGCAGCAGAUCCGUGAGAAGAUGGAUCUUAUCGAUCUUGACGAGGACACUAUCGAUGCCGAGGUCCUCGACUCUCUUGGUGUCACCAUGGAGAACUUCCGCUACGCCCUUGGCGUGUCCAACCCCUCUGCUCUCCGCGAGGUGGCUGUCGUCGAGGUCCCCAAUGUUCGCUGGGAAGACAUUGGUGGUCUGGAGGAAGUCAAGCACGAACUUAUCGAAAGCGUUCAGUACCCUGUGGACCACCCCGAGAAGUUCCAGAAGUUUGGUCUCUCGCCUUCUCGUGGUGUGCUUUUCUAUGGCCCCCCUGGUACUGGUAAGACUAUGCUUGCCAAGGCUGUUGCCAACGAGUGUGCUGCCAACUUCAUCUCGGUCAAGGGCCCUGAGCUGCUGAGUAUGUGGUUCGGUGAAUCCGAGAGCAACAUCCGUGACAUCUUCGACAAGGCUCGUGCUGCUGCUCCUUGUGUUGUUUUCCUUGAUGAGUUGGACUCGAUCGCCAAGUCCCGUGGUGGCUCCGUUGGAGACGCUGGUGGUGCCUCUGACCGUGUGGUCAACCAGCUUUUGACCGAAAUGGACGGUAUGACAUCGAAGAAGAACGUCUUCGUUAUCGGUGCUACCAACCGACCUGAGCAGCUCGAUGCUGCCCUUGUCCGUCCCGGUCGUCUCGACACUCUGGUCUACGUUCCCCUUCCCGACGCAGCUUCCAGAGAGGGCAUUCUCAAGGCUCAGCUCCGCAAGACCCCUGUCGCAAAUGAUGUCGACAUGAACUUCAUUGCCAGCAAGACCCACGGUUUCUCUGGUGCUGAUCUUGGAUUUGUCACCCAGCGUGCCGUCAAGCUUGCCAUCAAGCAGGCCAUCACCGCUGAUAUCGAGCGCACCAAGCAACGCGAGGCUGCUGGUGAGGAUGUCAAGAUGGAGGAUGAGGAGGAACUUGAUGAGGAAGACCCCGUGCCCGAGCUCACUCGCGCUCACUUCGAGGAGGCGAUGAAGUCGGCACGACGAUCGGUCAGUGACGUGGAGAUCCGUCGCUAUGAGGCUUUCGCCCAGAGUCUUAAGAACUCGGGUGGCAGCAGCUUCUUCCGCUUCCCCUCCGCCGGGGAGGUUGGGGAGAACGACACUUUCGGCGAAGCCGGCAACGACGACAGCCUCUACGACUAA